AUGUACGAACUUGGUCCGCUCAAGAAGGAGCUCCAAAAGGCGCGCGAGACGAUUCAGGGCCUCCAGCAAAGCCUCGAAAAAAUGACCGAAAAGAGCUCAUUCGACGCCUGGCAACCAGGAGAGCUCAAUAAGACCAUCCAGGGCCUGGAAGCAAGCGCGUGGUCACAACAUCAAGAGGUCAGGAUGGCGCGAAACGGGCACGCGGCCGCCAUGCGGGAAAACGCGGGAAUACUGUCUGAGUUUCGCGGCAUGAGAGAGCACAUGAAGGCUAAGCUGAAAGAGGCCGACAUGGACGCAAGCGCCAUGGGGAUACGCAAGUAA